AUGAGUAACGACCUUGAGGUCUGGGUCCAGCCGAAGCCCAAAAGGAUCGAGGGCCACACUGCCCAAUGCACCCUCACGUUUAAUGGGCGUGUUAUCUUCGGACCACGACACUGCCACAACAACACAUACAAGCUGCGGGACGCUCUCGCCGCCGCAGAUCCCCGCUUUCAACUCACUCUUACUAAGAGGCGCCACUCGAAGGAAGGCCACACAUACUCUAUCAGCGUCAAAGCUGGCGGCAUUGUUUAUCUGGAUCGAAUGUCCACUCACGGUCACAUGAAAGAGUUGUGUCAAGCCAUUAAUAAAGAACUAGCAGCCGAACGCGCGCGCGCCGAGUCCGGUAAACCCGAGCUGGCACCGCCAUCUCAGGGCCUUCCCCCUCCGCUUCCUCCCCAACAGCCACCAGGCUCUCCCCCACCCCAGGCUACCCGCCCGAAGGGACGCCAGGACUUUGAGAUAGCCAUUAUCUGCGCCCUGAAGGUGGAGUCAAAUGCUAUCGAAGCAUUUCUAGACGAAGAGUUUGAAGUCGAUGGAUUCUCAUACGGACAGGCUCCGGGGGAUUCCAACACCUACACGAUAGGUCGAAUCGGGCAACGAGCCGUCGUCCUAGCGUAUAUGGCGAACAUGGGAAAGGUCGGCUCCACCAGGGCGGCAACCCAGCUUCACCUAAGCUUCCCACAGAUAAAAGCCGUAUUCCUGGUGGGCAUUUGCGGUGCCGCACCGCAAGAUGCACAAGGCCGGGAGACAUUCCUCGGCGAUUACUCAGACCGAUUCCGUCGGAAAGAUACCUUGGAGGAUACUCUCGGCCGAGGGAAUUAUCGGAUCCGCUCCUUCCUCUCGAAGUUAGAAUGCAAGAACACGAGCAGCAAGCUGGAGCAGCAAACACGCCAAUAUAUCGCGGAGCUUUCCGCUAAGGACGGUGAAUAUGCCUACCCCGGUGCCAAUCACGAUGUUCUAUACCGUGCAGAUUAUCGUCAUAAGCAUCAGAAUGGCGACCCGUCUGUAACCUGUGUCGAAUGCAAUACCGCUGAUGACACGGUCUGCAAAGAGGCCAGAGAGUCAUCCUGUGAUAGCCCGGAUGGGUUAGGGUGCAGUAGUACGCAACUAGUCCGCAGAAGGCAAGAAAACACCCACCCUGUUCUUCAUUUUGGCCACUUUUCCUCUGGAGAUAGUGUCAUGAAGAGUGGCCUUCACCGUGAUGAAAUUGUUGCUAGAGACAAGGUGAUUGCGUUUGAAAUGGAGGGUGCAGGUGUUUGGGAUGUUCUUCCUACUGUAAUCAUCAAGAGCGCCUGCGAUUAUGCGGACAGUCACAAGAACAAAACCUGGCAGAGCUAUGCCGCUGGAACAGCUGCGGCGUGUACAAGGGCAGUCCUGGAUCAGUGGAGGAGUAGUCAAGGGGCGUGGUUCUAG